UGUGGCACAGUGCAAUUUAUUUUGACAUCUAAGUUUAUCUUUGCGAUUCCAUACAAAUUAUUGGAUAAGUUUUUUCCCAAUAAUUACAUGUGAAAUCCCUGCCAAAAUGAUUCCACCACCAGCUGAAUUAAGUUUUGACGAGAUUUUGAAGUUCAUGUUGGCACAUAAUGGCAAAGUUACAAACCAUGAGUUAGUGAAACAUUUCAAAGUGUUCCUCAAAAACCCUGAUAUGAGAGAUGAAGCUAGAAACACUUUCAAAAAACAUGUCAAUACCAUUGCUGUGAUAAAAAACCAGAAUAAUGAAAAAUGGUUGAUAUUAAAGAAAAAGUAUAUGCCAGGUGACAGUAAAAAGUCAGACGAACCAAAAGAUGAGAAAAGUGAAGAACCCAGUGUCAGCACAAUUCAAGACGAGUCUGUUUCUAUGGAAAGCAACAUUCAACCUCCAUACCGACCCCCACCACCUGUGCAACUGAACCAGGAUUUCAACAUAUUAGCUAACAUCAUACAAGACAGAAAUGAAGUGGUAUUAAGAAAUACUCCGAUGGACAUAACACCAACUGAGUCCAAAGAGAAUUUGACUAGUCCUGUUGACGAUGUGCCUCCAAAGGUGCAUCCACGUAAAAAGUCAUUGGACACCAAAGUUGUUACCGAGAAACGUUCCAGUAUUGGGCAGAUUGGACAGCGGUCAUCAAUACCUAAUCAGGAGAAUGUUGAAGUUGAAGAACCUUUGCUGCCAACUUUGUCAUCGUCGAGGAGUGAAAGUAUGUUGGUGGAUAAUGAACAGAAGAUUUCAGUCAAGGAAAGGAAGCAGAUGUUCAAUAGGAUGGCAUCGGAGAGUGAUGUGCUGAGAUCCAAUAAGCUGGGAAGCAUGAGCCCUCAGCAGGGUGUGGACGAGGAAGAUCGAGUAUCGUUGGACCAGAAAAGCGAAACGGACCCAUUAGAUUCUAAGCAGAAGCAGUGGAUACUGUGCGCCGCCAAAGGAGAAUAUCACGCCCUAGCGAAAAUGUGCAAAGAAAACGUGAAAGUUGUGAAGACAAAGGACCCAUUUACGUAUACGGCGAUGCACUGGGCCUGCAAGCGAGGCGAUGAGAAUUUGGUCAAGUUACUGGCCGGAGCGGCUCGUCAUUUAGUCAAUGAACGAUCGAAUGGGGGAUAUACACCACUUCACAUUGCAAUGCAGUUUCGCCAUGAAAAUGUGUACAGGCUCCUGGUUGAAGUGUAUGAUGCUGACCCAAACGUCCGCGAUUGGUCUGGAAGAAAACCGAGGCAGUACCUAGUUCAUAUGGAUACCUCAUUAUCACCUGGAUGCUUUCGAAAAAAAGAGGGAUUUUUACGCAUCGGGUCCCUCAAUGUUCGUGUGAAGAAAACAACCGAGGCGUUCAGCAAUUUCCUAGGCGUGGGAGCGACUAGGGCGUCGGCUUAUAUACCCAAGUCUGCGAGGGACCGCGAGGAGAGGAGGUCUGAUGAUGGAGAGCUGCACAAGACUUGGGGCUCCGCUGAUAACAUUCCAAAAGAAGAUCACCUCAUGCCGCCACCUAUGAGCAGCAAAGUGAGGCGUCGCGGUGCUAGCGGACGCAAGGGGAUCGGCUCGCACAGCCGAAGCACGCCAUCUACCCCGGACCAGCCCCGAGCCCAGAUUGGGGUGAGCGAGGAAGGAGACUCCGACUCGGACUCUGCAGCCGGCUUCCAUGCCGCGUGGAGGCAGCAGCGGGCAUCCAACUACACAUAACCAGGAUUCAAGAUCGUUCAGAUCACCAAUCUUGACUAAAAACAACUGACACCCGCGCAGGAAUGGCCCUACAACUGAGAAAUGGAGUUCCAGAUAUUUUCCUCCCCAUAUUGAUGACCCAGAUUUGACUACACAUUUUUUCGACAUCUAAAACGCCGUGAGAGGAGGUACCUGAGAGUUUCUACCCGCUGUCCAACAACUUCGCUCGUCAAUCGAGAGUUCUACUCAACAUUGAAAAGUGCAGCGUCAUACUUCAAGAAUCUCAUUUUACCGACUUUCGCUGAUUUAGAUUCAAAAUUCUGAAGACGACACCGGCAUCGUUUUGACAACAUUCCGAUCAAACUCAUAUUUAAGUCUCGUAUUAUUUUAUUCGUAGAUAUAAGUUUAUCAAUGUGUAGUCGUAUCGCGUAUUUAAGAUAUACUAUUGGAAGUAUUCAUCUUUUUCAAUGAAUUCAAUUUAUGAAUUGAUUUGUUGUUAAAAUUGUUUAUUCAUACAUGUAGCCAUAGAAUAGAAACCCGCAAGAAUACUUGUAAGUUUUAUGUAUAUUAUUCAAUUCACAGAAUGGCAUCAAGAGUGCCUUAUGCUGCUUACUUUAUAAAUAAACUGGUUGAAUUCAUGUUUGUGUAGGCCGAGUAUGUUUUAGCAGUUAAAACAUCGUACUAAUUGAUUUGGCAAAGAACAAAAAUGUCGCUACACAACAUAAUAACGAUCAACAUGGAAUACAUGUCGGGCGCAUUCGCCCAGGAGCUAACUCUCGUAUUUGAUUACACUUGACAUGAGGCUUUCUUGACUCAGAUCAAAGGACCUUCAUUCGAUUUACUUAAAAUGUAAUUGUAAAACGUUCAGUUCAAUCCACUUUGCUUUGUUUUUUUCGUCUUCAUUAACUAUUAUCUUAUAAUUCCCACGUAUGGAUUGUACGUAGCGGGAUUAGGCACACCAAUAUAUUGUCAAAAUUAAUAUAGGUACUAAUGAAGUACACGUCUCGUAGGGCGUUGAUAAAUUGAUGUUAUAUGAUGCGUAUGCAUUAGAUGCUUACUCGUAAAAAUUUGAUGUGAUGUAUUUGUAAUUUUAAGAUACUAGCUCUGAAAGGUAUAUCUUCUAUAAUCUUAUAAGUAUUUAAUGUUUAUUAACUAAACACUAAAAUUUUUGAGAUACUUAGUAAUUCAUAUUAUUAUGGCUAUUUUUAGCAUGAAGUCUGCGACUUAAAAUAUCUUCUUUUUCGUCUUUUCUAAUAACAACUUGUUAUAUUACUCUUACGGCUCGUAUAUUCUCAUUUUUCUUUGUAAUUGACUGUAAUUCAAUAACAUUUAGUAUUUUCUAAAGGGGACAUCGGUCUCGUAAAUAUUUACUGAAUAUUUCCUGUGUAACCCAUUUUAAUCUAUUACAUCAAAAAUAUUAUCUUACCUAACUACAUCAUGAUGCAUUAACGAAGUCUUCAUGAAAUUUAAAUUUUUCUAUAUUUUUUAAAGUACCUACUAAAAUUAUUUAAUCAAAUCUAAUAAAAAAAUAUUAUACUCAAAAGUUUUAUUUUAUAAGAAAAAAUAUGCAGUAUGUUUUGAGCUGAAACCCAGAGAUGUGCAUUUAAAUGAAAAUGGCAUAUUAUAGCUAGUGCCAAUUAAUUCAAAGGGCACACACAAAUUAAAUGACGGGCACUGAUAAAUUAUUACAUUGGUACAAAAUUUGAUAUAAUAAAUAUUAAUAUUUAUGAAAUUUAAUCGUUUAAAAAACGUUGAUUAGCCACUUAGUCAUCGGGGCUAGCAUUAGUUACAAACAUGGCACGAUUAUCACCUUUCAUGAUGGACAAGUAGUGCAAAAUUAACUCGUAACAGCCCCAGAUUUAUUCCGCGCUUAUUAUUGUGGCAAGCUAAUAAAUUUAGACUGACGAAUCUAAAACAAACUAUGAAGUAAAAAAAUCAAGUACAGCGCCUAGUUAUAUAAUUGCCACAAUUCCAGCACAUUUAAAAAUUUUGCUCAUAAAAUUUCAAUAAAUAAAUUUUGUAUCUUACCAAAACUAGAUCAAGUCUAAUGAUUAUAUUUCUCCCAUUAGCUAAGCUUCUUCGGUCAGAGUCAUACCUUAUACAUAUAUAAAUACGAAUGAUAUUCCAUUCGUCGUGUAUUUAUCUAUAAAACAUUACAGUGUGCCUUUUACAAUUUUGUAUUUAAUCCAAACCUAUAUCUAUUUCAUAUAUUUUUAAUACGAGUUAUGAACUUCAAAAGUGUAACCUUUUAGACAUUCGGACAUAAAUUAUAUAUCACUUUAUGUUCUUUUUUGAAGGAACAAAAAAUAUGUUAUUUCUCUAAGUAAGGUAGAUUUUCUUAUAUUAUUAUUUAGAUUAAGAAACCUAUUAAAGGGAUAGAAGAUACGUGUGGCCUGAAACUGUAAUGUGUAGAAUUCAUAGAUGUUAUUUGCUAAGCGUGUAGGAUUAAUACGGUAUUUUAUAUGCCUGUAGAAUAUACAAAAUAAUGUGUAACAAAGCGAUAACUGUAAUUAA